AUGGAUAGACCUCGGGAAGAUAACGAUACGUCAGUAUGGACGUACAGUAAGCAAAGUCCGAAAAAGGUGUCCGGGAAAGUUGCAGACGAUUUCAAGCGAGAGAGAAAGAGACAGAUGGAGAAGAUUGCGAGACCGUGGAUUUGCACCAGAUGCGCCAAUUCCUUAACGAGGAGGCGGAUUUCACAGCAAACGAAUAUCACUGCGACACAGCGACGGACAUUUGCAGCAAAAGUCCACCCGCAAGAUGGGCGGCCUUUCCGAAUGGCCGUCAUCGGGUCCGGCCCAGCUGGCUUCUACACCGCAUACAAGGUGAUGAGUAAAAUCGAGAAUGCUGUGGUAGACAUGUACGAACAUCUGCCCGUUCCGUUCGGGCUGGUGCGAUUUGGAGUCGCGCCCGAUCAUCCAGAGGUCAAGAACUGCCAGGAAAAAUUUGAACAAGUGGCCAGCUCUCCGCGCUUCAACUUCGUAGGCAACAUCUCGAUUGGCUGCCAGGUAGGUGCCUUGCCGCUUAGGACGCUGCUGCCGCACUACGAUGCUGUUCUUUUCGCGUACGGGGCCUCGCAAGAUCGCGCCCUGGGGAUUCCCGGGGAGGAGACGCUGAAGGGGAUAUACUCUGCUCGCGCGUUUGUAGGCUGGUAUAACGGAUUGCCGGAAUACGCAGACCUCGCACCGGAGCUGACGCUAGGGGAGGAAGCGGUGGUCAUCGGUCAGGGAAAUGUUGCUUUGGACGUGGCGCGUAUUCUGUUGCAAGAUCCCGAAAUUUUGAGGAAGACUGAUAUCACGGCGAAUGCUAUCGAGACGCUACGGAAGAGCAGGGUGAAGAGAGUGAGGGUGGUUGGUAGGAGGGGGGCUCUGCAAGCUGCGUUUACGAUUAAGGAGGUUAGAGAACUGAUGAAGUUCCCCUCGGUGGCUUUUGACUCUGUGGAUGAAUCGCUUAUACCGGAGGAUAUUACAGACUUACCGAGACCGACGAAGAGGAUUAUGGAGGUUUUGAGGAAGGGGUCGGAGGCUGCAGUUUCACGUGCGCCGAAACGGUGGUCUUUGGACUUUUGCUUGUCUCCCACUUCAUUCAUGCCCAAUGUCAAAUCGCCGUCUCGAUUGGGAUGUGUGGCCUUUGAAAGGACGACGCUUGUUCCAAGCCCGUUUGAAUUAGAUGCUAAAGCUGUGAAGACCGACGAGAAAGUGGAGAUUUCUGCAGCGCUGGCGUUCCGAUCUAUCGGCUAUAAAUCAGAAGCACUCUCUGAGUUCGCCGAGCUUGGAAUCCCGUUUGAUGACCGCUCCGGUAUUAUUCCUAAUGAUCAUCUUGGUCGUGUUGUGCUUGAGAUGGGGAAUGAGAGCAAGCGGGUUGACGGCAUGUACUGCGCUGGAUGGGUUAAGCGCGGGCCAACGGGGGUUAUUGCGAGCACGAUGAACGAUGCAUUUGCCACGGCGGAUUCGAUUGUUGAGGACUGGUACAAUCGGGUUCCGUUUCUACGUGUUGAGGAGGGAGAUCACUUAGGUUGGGAGGGGGUUAAGGAUGAAGCUGAGAAGCGGGGAUGUAGGAGGGUGAGCUGGGAGGAUUGGAAAAAGAUCGAUGUUGUGGAAAGGAGUAACGGGCUCAAGAUGAGUAAAGUGAGAGAGAAGUUCACAAAUGUGAGAGACAUGCUGGCUGUUCUUGAUUGA